UGCCUUCCAGCUACGACAUGGUGCACUACGGCCACUCGAACCAGCUGCGCCAGGCUCGGGCCAUGGGGGAUUACCUCAUCGUUGGAGUCCACACGGACGAGGAGAUUGCCAAGCACAAGGGCCCUCCCGUCUUUACGCAGGAGGAGAGAUACAAAAUGGUGCAAGCCAUCAAGUGGGUGGAUGAGAUUGCUCCAGGGGCUCCCUAUGUCACCACGCUGGAAACCUUGGAUAAAUAUAACUGCGACUUCUGUGUGCAUGGUGAUGAUAUCACACUAACGAUAGAUGGCAAGGAUACCUACGAAGAAGUGAAGGCAGCUGGACGAUACAGGGAAUGCAAACGCACCCAGGGUGUGUCCACGACUGACCUGGUUGGCCGCAUGCUGCUCAUGACUAAGGCACACCACAGCAACAUAGAUGAGGACCUAGACUAUCGGAAACACACUGACAACUUUGGGAAGGGGCCAAAAGGUCGCAGUCCCUGGACUGGAGUCUCACAGUUCCUCCAGACAUCUCAGAAGAUAAUCCAGUUUGCAUCUGGAAAGGAACCACAGCCAGGAGACACCAUCAUCUACGUGGCUGGAGCCUUCGACCUCUUCCAUAUUGGGCAUGUGGAUUUCCUGGAGAAGGUUCACCAGCUGGCAGAAAGACCCUACAUCAUUGCUGGGCUGCACUUUGACCAGGAAGUAAACCGGUACAAAGGGAAGAACUAUCCCAUCAUGAACAUCCAUGAGAGAACGCUCAGUGUCUUAGCCUGUAGGUAUGUGUCAGAAGUGGUGAUUGGAGCCCCCUACGCCGUCACUGCUGAUCUCUUGGAUCACUUCAGGGUAACGCUUGUGUGCCACGGGAUGACUGAGGUGGUGCCGGACAAGGAUGGUUCUGAUCCAUAUGAGGAACCAAAGAGACGUGGUAUUUUCCAGCUAGUGGACAGUGGCAACAAUCUCACCACAGAUUUGAUUGUGCAAAGAAUCAUCAAGAACAGGCUGGAAUUUGAAGCUAGGAACCAGAAGAAGGAAGCAAAAGAGCUGGCUGUGUUGGAGGCUAUGAAGAAACUGGAAGAAGAGAAGGACUAGGCCAGCAGGGAACUGAUGUCUGGCUUGCAAAGUGCUGCAGCCUCACCUGCUCUGGAGGAGCAAAGAGCUUUUCCGAGAGGAGUCCUAAACAAGGACACUGCUGCUGGCAUGCACAGGAUGUGUUAUCCACCCUUGUCUGUCCUAGCUCCUCUUGCACUAAUUAUACAGACAUAAUGAGUUGGGAUCCUGAUGCCUAGUUUUUCCCUCCAUUAAUCAGCCCCUGUUCCCUUUCCCAAGAGGAGAUUUGAAAA